CGAAAUACAAAAAGAAAAGAAGAUGAAGAAGGCGGCAGAUGCCGGUGCGAAGUUUGCCCGUGAGAACAGUAACACCAUAAAAGAUACCGUCAAGAACCACCUGCCUGGAGGAGACGCCCCAAAGCCGACCGAGGACACCGGCGCACCGGCGCAACGCCUCCCCAUCACCAACCGCCCGCCCCCGACCCCGCCCCCGCCCCCUCACGCCGACCUUCCCAGCACAAGGCUCAGGAACUGGGUCUACACGGAGGUCGCUCCAAGUGUGGAUCUUGUUCAUGUUGGCGAGGCGGCGGCUGUCGCUGUGGCCGUGGGGGUGGCGAUCUGGUGGCUGAAUGGGGGAUUCUAGAAGUAUCGGCUCGGAAUGAACAAAGCUAGCUGUUUGAGCUUAAGACCCUGCCCUGCUUGGGUGAAAGCAGCCUAUCUUCAUUUUACUGUUUGUUAAGUUAAGCAUCCCAUCGUCGUUCUGUAGUAAAGUAGACUGAAGGUUGGGACUAUGUAAGCAGUAAGCGAAUAUGAAUAUGUAAGCAAGUAAGCCUACUAUGAUGAUAUAUCUAUGUAAUCCGUAAGCGAAUGAAUAUGAAG